GCAGUUCCACUUUAUAUAGACCACAACUAAAUGAUUUCAAUGUGAAAAGGAAGUUAUGAAAAGCAUGAUAUGUUCUCUUUUAUACCAUGUACACCAGGAAGGUGCAGAUGAUAGCUUCUCCUAUUUAAAAAAAAUGGACCCCCUUCCUUUAAAAAGCAAACAUUUCCUUGCGGACGGAGAUUCUUAGUCCUAACAUGCAUAACACAACCUUAUCAAAACAGCCCUGUUCCUGCGGCUGUUAUUGAACCAAAUAAGAUGUAGAGACACGUUGAUCACUUAAUGGAGUAUGUGGUGCAGGUCUGAUUUGUUUAUUAAUUUUUAUUUUUUAUGUAUGUAUUCUUAUAAUGACUUAACUUGGCCUAGUUUUAACCUGUCUUACUUUGUUUCUUUUGUUUUGUUUCUUGUCCUUCCUCUUGGAUGUCCUGAUUGCUGGAGCCUCGAGUAAUUUUAAAGCUUUCGUUUACUGGAUUCAUUAAAGAAUAGGGGAAUCGGUAGCCGGACCGCUGCUGCUUGGCCGGUUAGCAAGUUUAUGAACAACCGUGUUCCUCCUAACAAGAGAUACCAACCCACAGAAUAUGAGCAUGCUGCCAACUGUGCCACGCAUGCGAUGUGGAUAAUCCCCAGCCUGCUGGGCAGCUCACUGUUGCACUACGAGUCAGAGGACCAAUGGGAGCGGCUGUCAGCCUGGGUGUAUGGGGCGGGGCUCAGCUCACUCUUCAUCAUCUCCACCCUGUUUCACACUGUCGCCUGGAAGAAAAGCCACCUCCGCUCUGUGGAGCAGUGUUUCCACAUGUGUGACAGGAUGGUGAUCUACUUCUUCAUUGCAGCCUCCUACGCCCCAUGGCUAAACCUUCGGGAGCUGGGUCCGUGGGCGUGUCACAUGCGCUGGCUGGUGUGGGUCAUGGCGUCUUUUGGAACCACCUACGUCUUCUUCUUCCAUGAGAGGUAUAAACUCAUGGAGUUGAUCUGCUACACAGUGAUGGGAGUUUUUCCUGCUGUGGUCAUCUUCUCAAUGCCGGAGCAGUCGGGGUUGUGUGAGCUGCUGGUCGGUGGAGCCUGCUACUGUCUCGGCAUUGUCUUCUUCAAAAGCGACGGGAUCGUCCCGUUCGCGCACGCUAUCUGGCACCUUUUCGUCGUUGUGGGAGCAGCCAUACAUUACUACGCCGUCUGGAAGUACCUCUAUGCCCAGACUCCCAGGCAGGUCCAGACCUCCAGAUGACAUCAGUGAUGACCUCACAGGAAUGGAUUCCUGUGAUUGAGCUACUCUGGGGGGCUGUGUCCAAGUUCAAGGGUUGCCUCAUACAGUAGUGACACUGCCACUACAUUAAGGUCUCUCUGAUCAACUUAUAAAGUCAAAGAUCUUUAUAAAUUAUCAAGCAGUUGCCUUAAAAAGUAGGUAAAUCGAUUAAUAUAUUGAUUCUACUGUAGGAAAUUCAGCAAAUUAUCUUUAUUAUCAAGCGUUUUACUUCUUACAUGUUUGUAUUGAUUGAUUGCAUUGGAUAAAAUCCAACUCUCAUAGAGGAAAAUCUGAUCAGCCCUUUAUAGCAAAAAUUAUAAUGCCUUAUAAAUCCCAAUACAUGAUUU